UACCCAGCUUAUGAAACAUCAUCCUUCUCUGUGUAUAUUAUCGUAUCUUUACCAGAUCAGCAUUGGUUAACUCGUACUGUCACAACCAGCAUCACACGGCAUCCUGAAACUGGAGAUGUUGAGCACCUCAACCGUAACCCUCCUCACUUCGAAAGGAAAGCCUACCGACCAGAGUGCAAUCUAAAGGAGACAAGUACUCUAAAAGCUGCUUACCAUCUCGGGUUUUAAAAACACUUGUAUGGAUCUUCUGGCAUCGUGGCUGUUUUAAUUACUCUUAAUAAAGUUUGGACAUCCUGUUUGGAGGGAAAAACCUGCGUCAAUUUUUCGAGAGUGGAGUCUUACUCAAUAUUGAAUCAAGUCGUUGUCUUAACCCACAUGUACUUUUGAUACCGCAUGAAUCUCAAUAAACAAUGCAUCAGCUGUUUUGAAACGCACCCGUUUCAUCUGCUUCACUUUUACCGGCUGCCUCAGCUGACUCAACUUCUCCGCGACCCAUCCACGUAGCAAGGGUUAACAAAGGCGCGAAGGUGCUUGACAACCAUGUAUUGUUACCAGUGUUCGUCUGUUCAUGCCCCGCCAUCUCACCUCGAUGUAUCGCCUGGAACAUGCGAAGGGUCAAAUUGUUCAUAUGGGGAUAUAUCCUACGCAAGUGACGUGGACGAUGGUUUUGCCAGGCGGAAACAACGACGCAACAGAACUACGUUCAGCUUACAACAGCUAGAAGAAUUGGAGACAGCCUUCGCGAAAACUCACUACCCUGAUGUAUUCACGCGAGAAGACCUGGCCAUGAGGAUAAACUUAACCGAGGCUAGAGUUCAGGUUUGGUUUCAGAAUCGACGAGCCAAAUGGCGGAAAGCUGAACGCAUGAAGAGUGACCACAAGAGUGGUGGCGGUCAUACGAGCGAUUCCAACUCGACCGACGAAUCGGCAAAGAUCGACAACGAAGCAUCGCCAGAGUCGACUACGGGCGUUGAGGGCGGAGAAGAGUUCCUCGCCGUCAAAAAGACGUCGUCAAGUCCUAGAAGUGUGCCUGUCUCGCCCACGGCCACGCCCAGAUCUGGUAUGGUGACCGCGCCCAUAUCGCCUGGCUCGUUUCAUCAGGGACACGUCCCUUUGUUGUGGGCGGGGCCUGCUUCGGGGUUAGACAGAUACAACCCAGCCUUGUGUUCAUUUCCUGCCUCGCUAACAACGCCUUAUGCAUCUCAGCUGAUGUCUUACGCAGCAAGAAAAGGUUCGUACAAUCCCUUCAUGUACGGCAGUUACAGUCUGGCAAACAGCCUCAAGUCCCCGCCUCUCUCAUCAUUCGCUGUACUGGAAAAUCAAGAAAAGAGAUCCCUUAGUCUGGCAGCGCUACGUAUGCGUGCUAGAGAGUACAGUGAGGCGGUGGCCAGAGCGGCAGUUGGUGGGCCACGUGCUUCAGUUAUUUGACAACGUUUUUGACCUUUUUUUUCAAAGGGUAGCCUUUUCUUCACUUGUGGAUAUUUCUAAAUUAUCACCAUGACAACAAAGUGUAUUAUUAAAAAUUAUACUGCACCCCGGUUUUGAUUCUUGAGAGUAUAGAUACGGGUUGUUUAUAAACAGGGAAUUGUGCAAUCAUUGUUUAAAGGGAUUGUAUACGUUCUUGGCAAUUGGAACCCACUGUUUGUUUCGAUCAUAGGUGUAGAUACACCAUAAACUAUCCUGUGAAAAUGUCAUUUCAAAAUGUGGUAGCGUUUUUUGAGAUAUUGCCAAAAAUCCAGAGCGAUUAUGUCCACAGGUAGAAUAACCUGCUUUUGGAAUACAUGUACACAAUCUGAGACUGGGAAACGUUACUGACUAACAGUUAGUAACGCUUCUCAGAUUCAAAAUUAUUUAUGGGGAUAUAAAAGUGAUAUUAUUUUGUUCAUAACCGCAGUAUUUCGAAGUGAAAAGUAACUCAAAAUGCAAUCUAUCCAAAGUUGCUGGACUUCUUACCAAGUAGGUUUUAAUUGCCACCAAUAGACGAUGUGACCUAUGUU